CACACUUCUCUUUAAAAACACAAAUGUACAAAGACCUUGACAUCAACGAAUUAGAGAAGCUAAAGAAGGAGGAAGCCAUGGUAUCUCUCAGAAAAGCCACAACCAACAUAAAGGAAAGGUUUGGAUAAUCUAAUUAUGAUAUUCUGGACGAGGAGUUUAAAUCGAAAACUAUUGGAUUAGUUACAAGGGAAGAAUUUAAAAGGAAGAGAGAGAAUAUUGAUAGGAUCUACGUUUAAGAUCUUAAAAUUAAAUAAGAAGAGGAGGAGAAGAAGAAGCUGGAGUUAAAGUAAAAGAGGAAAUAAGAAUAUAAAUUGAAAACUACGCUGUUGAGCUUUGAUUAAGAAUAGCAGGAGAUGAAUGAGAAGAGAAACUACGGAAAGGAUAUAAGUGUAGAUACAUUAUAUCUACCAGAUAUGAAUAGAGAAAAGAAAAUCGAAGAGCUCACUAAAAUAUUCACUGAUGAAUACUAGAAAAAUAUGGAAUUAUAAAAGGAUUAACUUAUUGACAUUAUAUUUUAGUAUUGGGAUGCUUAAACUUGUACUCGAACUUUAAGAAUCAGAAAAAAGACAUCAAUCAAGGAAUUUUUGGAAUUGGCAAGAAAAGAGAUUAUAAGAGAUUUCGGAUUUUUGACUGAGUUUAGUCCUGAUGAUUUACUUUUUGUAGCCAACGCAAUGAUUUUGCCUCACAAACUUAGUUUUCAUGAGAUUAUCGCUUAUAAAGUUAAGAAUCGAUCAGGAAAACCAAUAUUCUCCUUUGAAUAGAGAAAGGUUCAGGCUAAAGGAAAAGAAUAUGAAGUGGAAGUCGAAAAUUCAACUACUUGUAGGAUUAUUGAAAAAUUCAGAUAUGAAAAAAUCAAACAUAUCUAUCCUUGUUCUAAAUGGGAAGUUGUUGAUAUUAAUAAGUACUAAUGA